CUGGUAACUGAUCGAGAGCAGCAUCAAACUGCUCUGAGGGACGUGAUUUUCCUUGCUUUUGCUUGACACGCCCUUGCUUGCAACACUGGCGUUUUAUCCCACUUUUCAGUAUAUUACAUAUGCAAUAUUGCAUGAGGUCACAUGUUAAAAUGCAGAAAGGCUGCAUCCGUUUGGGCGCAGCUCAGCAGAAGUAGGGAAACGAGACUAGUUACAGUAACCGCUUGCAAACUGUACCGUCGAAGGAAAAUCAGCCAAAGGUAGUGCAGAAAGUACUGCCAUCUGAUCCCCAACUGAACUAUAAAAAGCCGGCUGUUUGUAUAAACAUGGUGGAGUUACGUAUAUUCGUCCCAUUUGCGAUUAUGAUUUUCUCUAUGGUGAUUUCACAGACAUCAGCGAAAUCCUGUGAAAUGUCCAACUCAACCUGUGAGGACUGUCUGAGGAAUGUAUCGUGCCUUUGGUGCAGAACGACCAUGACAUGUGUCGUCUACCCAGUGAGGAGUGUCCUUCCACCUUCUAGCCUGUGUCCCCUGGCUCAGGCCCGAUGGGGGCGCUGCUGGGUCAACUUCCAAGCGCUGAUCAUCACUCUAUCUGUGUUUGGUGGAAUCAUCCUGAUUGGCAUAUUCGUCUGCUGCUGCUGCUGCUACUACCGGUGUAAGAAGAGCAGAACAAUGGAGCCAGACCCUAAGGAGCAGCAGGAGGAGGAAAGGCGGAAGGCACGUCACGAGGAGAGGAAGGCGGAAAUGAAGAUGAGGCACGAUGAGAUCAGGAUGAAAUAUGGUCUGACGAAGGAAAACCCAUAUGCCCGGUUUGAGGACAAUUAAGUUUUUUCAAACGGACACUCCACUGUGAUGAAUGUACAGAGUACUUUCUGGAAGAAGUGCUGACUAGUCUCCUGCCUCCACACUUCUGGUGAAGUGCCUCAAACCUACGAUGACAUCAUUUUACGUCUGCCGCCACAAGUGCUGAAUUUCUGCGGGAUAUGAAUGUAAAGUGUAACUCAUCAUCAAUUCCAGUCGUCGUAUGGCUGAUUCACAGGACUGGAAAAUGGAAACAGAAUGCUAAAGUGAAAAGCACAAAUUCUGUCUCAGAUGAUUCUUUUUGCAGUUGUAUAUUUACACCAAGUAGUACAAGCAGAUUUUUUUGUCACAUUAAUUACAGAUUUAAACUAUA